AUGCCCUUACCCCGCAUCCCAGGACACCCGCCGGCCUCGCUUUCCUUUGCACUUCCCAUCCUUUUCCGUAGCCGCGUCACACACCCAUCCCUGUGCCCACGGUGUGCCACCCCAACCCCGUCUUGCUCCACUUCCCGUCCCAUCAUACCCCUUCUCUCCACCCCUUCUCCCUCAGGAAAUGUCGAGUCUCCUCCCCAGUCUGCCCCACUGGGCCCGGCCACAUCGCUCUUCAUCAUUGACGCAUUUGGCCUUAUCUAUCGAGCGUAUUACGCUUUGUCCGCCACCACCAUGUCCUCCUUUCAUAUGUUCGAUACUCGUGCGGUCUAUGGCUUCACCAUGGUCUUGGCUAAGUUUCUCCAUCGACACGCUCCGACAAGCCCCGUCGUAGUCGUCUUCGAGGGACAGAGAUUGCAUGAGCAGAAAGACUUCCGCACUGCGUUGUAUCCAGACUACAAGGCUCAUCGCGGAAAGACCCCCACCGCAAUUAUUCAUGCUGUUCCCUGGGUUAAAGCUAUCUGCAAAGCCUUGGGACUCACUAUUCUCGAGAUUGAUUCCUUCGAAGCAGACGAUGCUAUUGGAUCACUUACUCGCCAGGCAAGCUCCAAUCGUAUCAAAUCGAUUAUUGUAUCGAACGACAAGGAUUUUCGGCAGUUGUUGGAUCGCGAUCUGGUAUCUAUUUUGCGCUUUGGCGCUCGGGAUUCAUACGAGUACAUCACGGAGCAGUCGUUUCGCGAUGAUUUCUCUGAUCUUCAUCCACGACAGUACGUUGAUGUACUCACUCUUAUCGGGGACAAGGCCGACGGGCUCAAAGGUGUUUCGGGGAUAGGUGUUCGCACUGCUCCAAAACUAAUUGCUCAUUAUGGCUCCCUUGAGGCCUUGUUGGAUGCUGUACGUGAGUAUUUUCGCCUUUGUGAAGAAGACACAAGCGGAAAGAAGGCUCCGAAGGCUGGCCUAGUGUUUCCCGAGCUACCCUUCAUCACUCUGAGGUUUGCGAAAGCGCUGAAGGAGAGCGAGCAGCAUGCUCUUCUGGUCAAAAGACUUAUCACUAUCAGAGAGGAUCUACAUCUGUCGGAGUUGGAAGGUAUGAACUUUCACAGAAAGCCUAUCGACAAAAGGGAGACUUUGCUGCUCAUGAGAAAGCUGGAAUUCACGAACAAAGGUCUGAUAAACCGUUUACUUGAUUCAGCAAACGGCAUUUCAGAAGUCCAAUUAGAGUCGCAUGUAGCCGCUCCACCAGGAGCCGUUCAUCGAAGUACACAACUACCUUCUGGAGCAAUUAAGGAAGAAGCUGACGCCGAGCGGGUGAUUUCGUCUUCAUCUCACAAUCGGCCUAUAUCCUCGCUCGAGAGUAAACCCCCUUUCAUGACUGAUAUUAUUGUGCUUCCGACGGCCCAGCAGAUCGAAAUGUUCGUCAGUGAGGUCUCUGAUAGGGUCGCCAUUGUCCCCAUUCUCUCGCGAAGCAAAAAGGAACGGGAACUUAUCGGUUGCGCGGUGGGUGCGAAUCCUGGAGAAGCAUACGUUUUCCACAUUACCCCUGAUCAUCCACUCCCUGAUAGUCUGAUGGCGAUUUUAACGAACCCUCAUGUCGAAAAGCAUGGUUGGUUUCUGAAGGACCUUUACAAAGGUAUCAUUCAGGAGUAUCACGUAAAGAUUCAAGGAAAGCUUUUCGACAUGCGUAUCGCUGCAGAGUUGCUCCAUGCUGGAGAAAAGGUAACCGAUUCCAAACUGGCAAGCCUGUACAUGAGAGAUGGCAUCUUCGACAGCCUGAUACCCGAUACUCAUCACAGAAUCACGACUCCUCAUAGCGAUAGUGGAGCGGCUUUAUUGUGUGGUACAGCGUUGCAGUUUUCUGCGAAGUUGGAAAAAACAUUGUGUGCCACCAAUUUGGAUACGAUUUUACACUGCGCUGAGCUUCCUCUAAUUCCAGUUCUCGGUGACAUGGAAAUUACUGGAGUACCUGUUGAUGUCGCUUCUCUAUUGGAGUAUGAGAAAUUCGUUCGCAGCCGAGUCGAAGAAAUUGAGAGCGCAGUCCAAGAACUUGUUCUUCCUUUCUUGGGUUCUGCGAAAAUUUUCCGUGCCUCAUCGAGGGAUGAUGUGGCCUGUCUCUUGUUCGAGACAUGGAAGAUAAAUACGAAGAUGUCUCGGACAAAAGCAGGCAAGUACUCUGUCAGUAAACAAGUUCUUUCCGCAAUUGCCAAAGAUGGUCGGCUCGAGGAGCACAUGCGCAACUUUGCCAGUUUGAUGCUGGAGCACAGAGAGGCCUCUAAAAUUCUGAAUACUUAUACUGCCUCGUUAAUAUCAGCCGUCCUUCCUGACGGACGCAUUCGGUGUACAUUUAACCAAGAAGCAGCCUCUACUGGUCGUUUGUCGACCGCGAAGCCUAACUUGCAAUCUCUGCCUAUUCGCUCUGCGCUUGGUCGAAAGAUUCGAGGUAUGGUGAAGGCACCCGAGGGAUUUUCAAUCUUAUGCGCGGAUUACAGUCAAAUCGAAAUGCGGAUCAUGGCUUCCUUGUGCAGUGACAAGAACCUGUGCUGCGUUCUGUCCAGUGGAGAAGACAUUCACAGAUAUGUUGCAUCUACCGUGUUCAAUGUCAGUGAAGAAGAAGUUACUGAGGUGCAGAGAAAGAAGGCAAAGGAAGUAAACUACGGGAUAUGGUACGGAAUAUCGGCCUAUGGCCUCGGGCAGCAACUCCAAAUACCUACCCGUGACGCACAGGAACUGAUAUCUCAAUUUCAUAUCGAGUUUCCUUUGGUCAAGGACCUGACACAGGAGCUGGUCGAGAAAGCUAAAAGAGACGGAUAUGCGGAGACAAUCCUUGGACGCCGAUUAUCAUUACCCCUGCUCAUUCAUGGAGGACCUCAGGAAAGAAAGGCUGCUGCAAGGGUAGCUGUAAAUAUGCCUAUUCAGGGCACGCAGGCAGACAUGAUGAAAGUUGCCAUGGUGCGCAUCGCGGAACGUCUUCAAAGUGGAAACGCUGCGUCGAAACUAAUUCUGCAAAUACAUGAUGAACUGGUAGUGCAGGUCGAGAACUCAGAGCUUGACGACGUCGUCAAAGUAGUAGAGGAAGAGAUGAUCAUGGCAUUGCCUUUGAAUGGCAUGGAGGUUGUUGUGAAUACUGGGGUGGGACCUUCCUGGCUACAUGCUGCUGCCCGGUGACGAAGGCAAGAUUAAAGAGCUUUACUUUUCUUGCAACGACGUCCUUGGGGGUGAAGGAGUGAAAGGAGGGGGAGCACCGCGCAGUGCUGUACACAAAGCAAAAACGUGUCAUCAGAGGGUCAAUUGGCCGACUUGUGCCAUCCCUGGUUGCGGAUGCGCUGUCGCACUGUAUCAUGGGAGUGUCUGUGUGGCCUUCGCGAAAUGCUGUACGCGCAGUUGUAGACUCCUACAGUGCCGUGUGCUCCACCAGCCAAAUCACGGCAAUCAUCCAUUGAAUAUGUAUACCUCAUCUUCUCUGCAGAUCAUACCAACUGCGGUCAGCGAGGAAGGGACCGUUUCCGCACAGUUGUGUAUGCACUCAUAUACGUAACUUAAUUGCCAGCAUUUGUGCCGGAUGGGUUGGGGUACCCCAUGCCCUGUCACCCACAGGCAUACAGGUUCUGCAGUCCCUGCUGCUGCGCAUGACAUAAAGAAGCGGAAGACAAUGAGGUGGGGACCCGUUCUCUAUUGGAGAGAUGACCAGCUGAUGCCGUCUCCAUCUUCUCGAUAUGCAUAGUAUGUCAGUGGUAUUGUUGCGAAAAGGUUCCGACGAAUGUUGAGAGUAUUAUGGCUUUUCUGCAUGUAGACAAUCAAUACGUCCAUGCAUGUUUCACUCUGAACCUACUCCUGCAGUUGUCGUCGACUUGCGAGACAUGAGCGGCACUCAAUGAGGAUUGGAGAGGGAUGGCGCGUUCAGUAACGUAAUUUCCACUUGCAUUAAACGCCGGGCGCUAUGUUAUACUACGUUCGGUGCCUGUUCCCUUUA